AUGGUGAAGGAAACCAAGUAUUACGACACCCUUGGUGUUUCUCCGGGAGCUACCGAGCAGGAGUUGAAAAAGGCGUACAAGAUAAACGCCCUCAAGUAUCAUCCUGGCAUGUCACACGGCAACAUUCACAAGAACGCCCAUAACCCAGCCGCCGAGGAUAAGUUCAAGGAGGUUUCUCACGCCUACGAGGUUCUUUCCGACCCGCAGAAACGACAACUCUAUGACCAAUACGGCGAAGCCGGCCUUGAGGGCGGCGCUGGUGGAGGCGGCAUGGCUGCCGAGGAUCUGUUCGCCCAGUUCUUCGGAGGCGGUGGCUUCGGCGGCAUGGGCGGCAUGUUUGGUGGCAUGAACAAUCGUGGCCCCCCCAAGGCGCGAACCAUUCACCACACCCACAAGGUAUCACUCGAGGAUGUCUACCGUGGCAAGAUUUCCAAGCUCGCACUACAACGCUCCAUCAUCUGCCCCAAAUGCGAGGGCCUGGGCGGCAAGGAUGGCGCCGUCAAGAAGUGCCAGGGCUGUGAUGGCCACGGUAUGAAGACGAUGAUGCGCCAGAUGGGUCCCAUGAUUCAGCGAUUCCAGACUGUUUGCCCCGACUGCAACGGCGAGGGCGAGAUAAUCAAGGAGAAGGACCGCUGCAAGCAGUGCAACGGCAAGAAGACAAUUGUCGACAGGAAGGUUCUCCAUGUGCACGUUGACAGGGGCGUUCGCAACGGUACCAAGGUCGAGUUUCGUGGAGAGGGUGACCAGUCCCCCGGUGUCCAGGCCGGUGACGUUGUCUUCGAGAUUGAGCAGAAGCCCCACAACCGAUUCACGCGAAAGGAUGACGACCUUCUUUACAAGUGCGAUAUUGAGCUGGUUACCGCCUUGGCCGGUGGCAUAAUCUACGUCGAACAUUUGGACGAGCGAUGGCUUAGCAUCGAAAUCAUGCCUGGCGAGGCUAUCGCACCUGACGCUGUCAAGAUGGUACGCGGUCAGGGUAUGCCAUCGCCCCGCCACCACGACUUGGGCAAUCUUUACAUCCACUUUAAUGUCAAAUUCCCCGAGAAGAACUGGUCGUCGGAUCCUGCCACCUUUGAGGGUCUUCGAACACUGCUUCCAACCCCUUCCGUUCAGAAUAUCCCGCCUGUCAACGCGACUAGCGAACCGGCCGAUCUCGAGGAUUUGGAUACCCAGGCCCAAGGCAGAGUCUUUGGCAGCCCUGGGAUGGGCGAGGACGAAGAUGAGGACGGCCACCCUGGCGCCGAGCGUGUGCAGUGCGCUUCGCAGUAA